GAUACAGGAUUGGUUUCAGGAUGUUUAGACCUUAAAGCAGAUAAAACUUAUGUUAACGAUGAGUUAGAGAAGAAAGCAAAUAAGACUCAUACACAUACAAGUUUUACAACUGUUGCUAUAGAAAGUAUUGAAGGAACGGUUGAAGGAACUGGUGGGGAUGCAUUAUAUUGUAAACCUCCUAACUUUCCACAAGGUUUAACAUCGGAUGACGACAUAACGACGAUGAAAAACAUUAGAUGUAAAGAUGUUUAUGUCAUGAAGGAUGAACAUAAUAUUAAAUUCACUGCUCAAGAUUUAUAUGACAAGAAAGCAGACAAAACAGAGCUUCAAACAUUAAAGACAGAAAUGCUUCAAACAUUAUAUCCUAUAGGCUCUAUUUAUACGUCAAUGAACUCUACCAGACCAGAAACAGUUCUGGGUUUUGGAACUUGGACUCAAAUAGUCGACAGGUUUUUGUAUUGUGCAAACUCUUCAAAGGAAACAGGUGGAAGUAAAACGAUUUCAGGUGAAAAUUUACCUGCACACAGUCACUACAUAGAUUUAAGUACAUCUCAAGCAGGUUGGCAUAAGCAUAGAUAUUGGGAUUGGUCAGCAAUGAUAAAAGGUAAAGGAUAUGAUGUUAAAGACGACGUUAAGUUUGCUAUAAAUUGUUACUGGAGUAACACUGAGGGAGGAGGAAACCAUACACAUCACGUUUCAGGAUAUACGCAAACAACGGGACAAAGUAAAGAAUACAUGCCACCUUACAUGACAGUUUACGCAUGGUAUAGAAAUGCUUAG